AUGCAUUCCAAGGUUUUUGCGGCUCUGCUUCUCCUCGCUCCGGCUUUGGCUAUGCCACAAGCAACAGCCAUAGCUACCUCAGAAGGCUACUCAGGUAGCUCCGGCUCUUCGGACUCCAACGACUCUUCGGACUCCGACUCUACGUCUGUGAGCCCCGACGCUGCACUCCCAAGUGAUUAUGUGAGCGUUUUGGAAACCGCCGUUCCGUCUUCUUGGGAGUACAUGAACUCCGCGGAAAUCGCCUCGGUUGCCAGCGCCGCUGCGGCUGGCACGUACCCAGCGUGGUACAAUAAUCUGCCAGCCAGCAUUAAAGCGGUUGUUACUGAGCUUGGUGGUUUUGACGAGAAUCUGCUCGGCGUGGAUCCUUCGAUGACCACGGCCAUUGGGUCUAGCUCAUCCUAUCCUUCUUCUCAGACUGCCGUGGCGACCACUGCUACUGGCUCCUCUGGUUCUGCUGCCACCGAGACUCAGGCUUCAAGCGUUUCUUCCACUAAGUCGGGUGCUGCUUCCAGCUCCAAGUCAACUGCCCAUUCGUCUGCGACUUCCACUGGUGGCGCUCCUAUCGCUACUGGUGGUGUGGCUAUGAGUUUCGCUGGAGUGGCUGGAAUCCUGGGCAUUGCUUUUGCACUUUAG